UUUAAUUGUGUUGGUUGUGUUUAUGUACUGCACUCGCUCGCCUAAAAAUUAAAAUGCAUGAUUUGAAAGUCAAUUGAUUUAGCGGAUAAAUUUAAAUAAUUGUGUGAUAAGUUUUAUGAAAGUGUAAAAAAAUUAAACAGGCUAAAUUUCCGAUUAUUCAGAAGAAGUGGCAUUAAAAGAGUGAAAGGGUUUAUAAACCAUAAAUAAUACAAAAAUGUCUGAGCAACGAACAAGAAGGUUGCGAUCUAGAAUAAAUUUAGCAAAAUUAGAUAAUGGACUGUUGUUGCGACAAAUACCCAUUGAUGAAAGCUCAUUGAUUAGCAACAGUAACAUCGGCGACGUUGGAGCUGACGUAGAGAAAAAUGAAGAAUAUAAAUUCGUUAACGUUGUUAAGCCGGAGACAGAUGACGAUGUCUCAAGAGUUGAAUUCCGUAUAAAGCCCUCGCCGAAUAGAGGUGUGAAUAGCUAUCGUCCUGCUGAAUUGGACGAAGAACUUCUUUCGCCACAUCCCGAUGAUUUGGCGGCGCGUUUCGAAGAAUACGGCACUACACCACCGCGUACAAGGAUGAAGAUCAAAAGUCGUGAUUGGGAGCGCAAAAAAGCACACGCUGUCGCCUCCGUUGGAUCAUCAAUAGAUCCCAUGCCGAGCACACCCAAAAAAGGCAUGACACGUAUGGCCCGUUCACGUGUACUUCGACGCAACACUAUGGACUGUGCUUUACUCAAUGAAAUGUUCGUCAAUGAGGAGAACAAGCGAACCAGCAAACGAGCACAGGAUCUGUUGCGUGAUGCCGAACGAGAACUUAAGAAUUCCAUGAUUGCCACAACGUCAGCCAGUUAUCAUCCGCGAGGUUUAGGUAUACCAGAAAAUUCAAAUCAUCUAGAGUCGAUGGACAAAUGUACGCCCCUGAAUUCUGAUGUAUGCCUGCGCGGCUCCUCGAAGGUGGUGGAGUCGUGCAAUAGAUAUAUGUGCGUGUCCUCGAGACCGAUCGGAUAUCGUGCAUCGGCGCCAGCGUCGGCAUUUGUACAACAGCUGCGUAGUGAACGCACACCAGGCUUGAACAUACGUAAAGAAUUUCACGAGACUUUUGCCAAUCUUAUCAAAUUAGGCAGUGUCGAUCGCCAGGAUGCCAAGCUUUCGCAUGAGGAGCACACCUGGCAAGCAGAAUUGAAAGAUCUCAUUUGGCUGGAGUUGCAAGCGUGGCAGGCAGAUCGUACGAUGGAACAACAGGACAAAUAUUUAUUCACCGCGCGCCAAGCCGUGCCCGAACUGCUUUCACAAAUCAUAAACUACAAAUUUCAGCCGCGCUACCAACGUGCCAUGAGUGAAGUGAGCAUGGAUAGCGGCAUCAGUACGGACAGCAAUGCGAGUUCACCACAGCCUGGAAGAGUGUGCACUGGCUGCAUGUCUCUCUACUGCAAAGAAUGCAUGGAUCAGCAGGAGAUCGCCAUGAAAGAGGUGGAGGAGCUCCUGACUCGUUUGGAAGCCGCAGAAGCACUGUACCCUUCCUCGCAGGUCAUGGGAGCUUUUCAUCCAAUUUACAAAAACGAAAACUUUGUUGGCCGCAUUAAGGCUAUGUGUCUGUGGUAUAAUAUAACACGUCAGAAUCAUUUAAAGCUAUGCAUCUUUGGCAAAAUAUUGGCACGAUUACAGAGUGAAAAGUUUUCUUGGCCGGUGCAGACAUCAUAUGCAGGCACGGACAGCGGCACCUCCUCUGGUGUGGAAAACGAUGACUCUGGCGUGAAUUCUGUUGAGUCAACUAAAACUAGUUCUAGUCAAGCUACGCCUCAACGUAAACUUUCGUCUAUUUUUACACCGCCUAAGGUACAGUUCAUGUUGAAUGAUAUCGCGCAAGUGCCCGGUGAAACGUCAAGUAGCAACGAAUCUACCUCAACUGAAGUUAGUCACUUGUCGUUGGAGCCAUGUGGCUCGCUUUUACGUAAAAGUUCAAUGCACGACAUUAAUAUAUUCAGUGUUGAACCGUUAACUAGCUGCAAUGAUGCUAACUCUUCAGCGUUAUAUAGGAAGUUUAUUGAAAACGUACUAAAGUCUCGUGGUCUAGCCAAAGCUUUGUCGUUCUUGAAUAAAUUGCACAAUGUUGUGUUAUACAAAGCACACAUUUCGCUGGAGAAGCCUGGUACGGAGGACUAUGACUUCGAGACUGAGCGACUUGAUGAGGAUGUGCCUCGCUUGGAGCCGGAAAUCAGUCGUGAACAAAUCGACGAAUUGCGCCGCUUUGGUUAUUGGAGUGACGAGGCCAAGUCCAUCAACUUGCCCACAUACAUUCCCUCUUUUGUGUUUCUCAGCGGCAUUCCUUUGCAAUUUAUGCACGAGUUUUUGCGUAUGCGCUUGGAAACACGCCCCUCGAAGCCAAAUCCACUUAGUUUAGAACAACUCAUGAAGGAGUUACGUGAAGGCUUGACGUUGGCAUUGACACAUCGCGAACGCUAUCAGCGUCACAUAACGACGGCGCUGGUAGAAAAUGAAGUAGAAUUGGAGCGAUAUAUGGGCAUACUGAAUCAUUUUGACAAGACAGUACGAAAAGUAUUUGAGUUAUAUUUGGAUUACAUCGACCAAUUGGUAUUGCAAUCAGGCCCGGAGGGCUACAAGAAAUCUGCUUUGGAAAAAGAAUGGAUGUUUACCAAACUCAUCAGUCCCAUGAUAAAUGGCAUGCACACGAUUGCUGCAAAGAAGUUUUGUACGAUAAUUCGUAACUUAUUGCGCAGCAUAUCGGAUCGUUUGGUUAGUCGCGCCUCGGAACUGGACAUUCAAAUCGAUGACACGGCACAACAUGGUGAAAGUGAUUUGAAGUGGCAACUGCUGACUAUCUGUAGAGAGACGCAAUCGCUCUUCACUGUGGAACGCGAGUGUUCGGUGAAGGUGCUUUUCUUUGCGAAGAUGUUUUGUCGCGACGUCGAAACGACUGACUUCCAUCGGGAACACUACGAAGAUGAUGUGAUUAAUCAGCAGAAAGACUUUGUGUGUGCGGAAAUCAAGAAAUCUUUUAAGUUACUACAAAAGGAUGUUUUGGAUGUGCGCAACAAAUUUUCGAAAAUAAUCGAGCGUGUACAGGAACGUUGCGGUCCCGAAAAGUUGAGUGAUUUGGAUGAUCAAGACAGGCAAGCCGUACUAUCGCGCACACGCGAGAUUUUGCAUCAGGGCUAUAAAUUUGGUUUUGAAUAUAACAAAGAUGUAAUUCGGCUGUUUGAGCAGCGCAUAAUGGCGAAGAAAGAUGAGUCGUGUGAGGUGGACUUGGCAUUGGGUAUUAUUGAUUUUGCGAAAAUGUGGAUGCAUUUCGUAAUGGAGCGUUGCGAGCGUGGACGUGGUAUGCGCCCUCGUUGGGCGUCGCAAGGCCUAGAGUUCCUCAUUCUUGCAUGUGAUCCGCAGAUUACGCGCCAUCUGGAUGAGCGACAAUUUGAAGAGCUAAAGAAACAAAUGGACUGCUGUAUAUCACACGUGAUUGGCAUAACAUCAGAGCCGGAGAAGAUAGCGCGCAAAAAAGCCUCACCGCGUACACGAAAAACAUCGUCGCCGGCUACAAGCCGCUCUCGUACGCCCACACGUACCCCCAUGUCCGUAGGCACCGGCACCACCCCGAAUACGCCAUUAAGUUCGCCACAGUACAAUAAAUUCUUACAUCCGCAAUUCAGUUUGAAGGAGGAAGUUUUGCGAAAUGCGGCCGACGGUACGCCGGAAUACACGGACGCAGAGGGUCAUGACUUGGCCGAUAGUAAUGGCAGCGCUACUGAAAAACUUAACGAAUUGCGCCUAAUCGUGCCACAAUCGCCACCCAUCUCAAAAUCGCCCACUAAUGGUAGCAGCUCUUCGUUAGCUCCACGGCAGGUGCGUGUGCGUGAUGCUGUGAACCGUUUGGAUUUGGAAAUUGAGGAAAAUCUGCGUGAACGCAAUCUAAUUGGCCAUGUGAAGGCAUUGAAUACCUGUGAUAAGGUGCAGAUACGUGCACGUAGCGUGAAUUUCCAUUGGCACCGCGGCAUUAAAAUUGGCCAAGGUCGUUUUGGAAAAGUGUAUACGGCAGUUAACAAUAAUACUGGCGAACUGAUGGCUAUGAAAGAAAUCGCCAUACAGCCAGGUGAAACGCGUGCGCUCAAAAAUGUCGCUGAAGAGUUAAAGAUUUUGGAAGGUAUUAAACAUAAGAAUCUGGUGCGUUACUAUGGCAUCGAAGUGCACAGGGAAGAACUUCUCAUUUUUAUGGAACUAUGUUCUGAAGGUACUUUGGAAGCAUUGGUCGAAUUAUCAGGCGGCCUACCUGAGGGUUUAAUUCGGCGCUUCACAGUACAACUACUAUCAGGUGUAGCUGAAUUGCAUCGGCACGGCAUUGUGCAUCGGGAUAUAAAGACUGCAAAUAUAUUUUUGGUGGAUGGAAGUAAUAGUUUAAAACUAGGCGAUUUCGGUUCAGCGGUUAAAAUACAGGCGCACACCACCGUGCCAGGUGAACUUCAAGGCUAUGUGGGCACACAAGCUUAUAUGGCGCCAGAGAUAUUUACCAAAACCAAUAGUGACGGCCAUGGACGUGCUGCGGAUAUCUGGUCUGUGGGCUGUGUGGUGGUUGAAAUGGCAUCGGGACAACGUCCAUGGGCACAAUUUGACUCGAAUUUCCAAAUUAUGUUUAAAGUGGGAAUGGGUGAGAAACCGGAAGCGCCCGAAAGUCUUUCACAGGAGGGACAUGAUUUCAUAGACAAAUGCUUGCAACACGAUCCAAAAGAUCGUUUGAACGCUGUAGAAUUACUGGAGCAAAACUUCUGCAAGUAUGGCCAUGGCGAUGAACAGAACUGUUGCGACCACACGCAAGAGCAAAUACGACGCUCAUUUCGGCGUAACGUCAAUUUGAGAUAACGCGUCGUAAUGACGAUCACAGUGACCUUGCUACUUAGUGCGUUAGAUGCAUUUGUGCUUGAAUACAAUACAUACCUUUGUGAAAGUUUAGUGCGUAUAAAUGCAGUUGUAUUAUAAAAGUAGAACUCUUUCAGCGUCAAAUUAUGCAAAGCUUCCAUGUAGAAACACACUUAGGAAGGGUACAUCAUCUAUACAUACAUAUAUAUUUAUUUUAGCUCUUAGAUAUUAAAAAAGUUAACAGUGACUUAAGAUGCGCCUUAACAUGUUAGAACUAAAUAUCUGUGUGUGUAUUUUGACUAUGUUAACGUUAAGAUUUUGAUAGUAUAAAAUACGAAAUUGUAUGUAUCUGUAAAGAAUACACAUUAAAUGUGUAACUUAAUCAAAUAUAAAUAUACUUGUAAAAGUUCAGCCUGCAGGCAAUAUA